CGCUCAGUUGUUUUCCCGGAUUCUCCCAGAUCGCACGAGAAUCUAGUUGCUCGUUGUUUUCCAAUGUUGUAGACAAACAAGAUGAUUACAGCAUGGGUCCUAUGGGUCCUAGCGCUAGCGCUGUCCGGCGCGGCCGCGGCUGAGCGCGGAGGGUCGCUUCGCGGCGCUUUAGAGGCUUUGCAACGGCGCCAGCGGGGGCGGGCGCCCCCCAUGGCUCCCGACUAUAAUCUGUACGAAGUUCUCCCUCCGAACGGUUACGUCCCAGAUACUGAUUACACUGUGGAUACCGAAGAUUUAGAAGAAGACCCGGAAACUAACUAUAUUCUCAAGCUUCUAGAAGAGAAUGACAGACCCAUCGAAGAUUAUGAGUACAAACUAGUUAAGAAGAAGAGCAACCACUUGGGCCCAGUGGGGAUUAAUAGGAAAGAGUCAGCUUUUCGCGAGAGGAGCCAUCAUUCCGACAACGAUAGACUACGGGAUCUGUUCACGGAUAGGAAUGAGGUUGAGAACCCUAAGGAGGUGCAGCAAGAUCGCGCUGAAAACGAUGCUGAAUACGCCUUACUGCUAGGCCAGUUGUGGUCAAAGUACAAAAACAAUAAGCAACAUAACUCAGAAGGAGCUCCACAAGGAGUCGUUAAACUUUACAAAGAAAAGAUUGUCAAAAAACGAUACCCAGAUAAUUGGGGUCCUAUUGCGUUUAAGAAAAAGAGAAGUCCUGAAGCUGAAAACGAACGCUCCGCGAUGACAAAUUUUGAUGACUCUAAAGUCUUACCAGGACCUGUAGAUCUCAAUAAUUUCAACGUCUACGACCAGCCUGAUGACGAUAAUGAUGACUUGCGUGAAGAAUACGCAAUCGCUUUUCAACCUCUAGAUGAUGACAGUCUAUCGGAUUUAGCGGAUGACGACCAAUACCGGUACGAUGUAAUCGAGAAACGUUUUCCCGUGACCAAGCGGAGCAGUGGACCGUACGACUGGGGUAAACCAAAGACAAAGAAACGCUUUGCCCAAGAUCAGGACAAGCGUGAAGUUUCUAAAAGAUUCAGAAGCAGUUCUGGCACUGAUCCAAAAAUUAUUAAAGAUUUAUCGAAAUUAUUUGGUGAGGCCGAUGUAGAACUUAUUAAGAAUCCUGUCAAGAGAAGCAGUGAUCAGGAAGGAAACUCCUUUGAGACCAAACCGCCACAGCUCGCACACAACAUACCAACUCACAAUCAUACCAACGAACGAUCUAAUGUUUCUACAUCACCCGAUGAUGCUAGUCAUGAACAUCAUCACAAUUUACAUCACCCUGGAAUAUCUGGCAAGGAAGUUGAGCAUGUGCACGAUCACGAUCAUAGUGACACUGAUAAACCUAUUACAAUCAAAAAGAAAUCAAUUGACUGGUCCACAUACUUCGGGAUCGAUAAGCGCAAGAAGAAAUCUGUAUCUUUUAAUGAUUUCAAUGAAAAUAAGCUGAGGAAACAAUAUUUUGACACAUUCAAUAAAGAAGUAAUGUAUCCUUUAAAUUCCUUUCGAAAACACAGCAAUGUGAAAAGGAACUACGUACAGCGUCCUGAAAAUGAAGAAACAGAAAUACAAAUAGACAAUGAAAGAGCUAUCGCAGUACGUGACGGUGAUAAAAGAAACACCGCCCAAGAACAGGAAUCGAAAUUAGACAACAUCGAUAAGAAACUGAGAAAUAUGGAAGGGAUGAUAGUAGACGAAGCACUACAUUAUUCAAACGCUGGUGAAGAACUAGAUACCAAGGAAGAACAGGAGAUGAAGGAAAAACUGCUUUCUCGAUUGGCUGCGGCAUACAGCUUGGAGAAGAUGAGAAAGGCCCUGAGAGAGUUCAAGCAAAGCUUGCAAACGCAGAAGCCUGAUACUACCAUGGGACCCUCGCAUAUGCCAAUCGAAGAGGCGAAAGAGAAGCGUGUAGCCGUCAAGAAAGAGAAAGUAGACAUCAAUAAUAACGAGAUUCCUCUAUUCAACAAAGGAGAUGAUAAGGAGGAUGACUUUGAGGAAGAGCAAGGGGCCGGUCACUAUUUGAAUGGCAAGAUUGAGAAUCAGUUCUCUGAAGGCUACAUGGGUGGAAGUGGAAGGCAUCGCACACCGGUUGUCGCAACAGGUACUGCCACAGGCGCCUGCCCAGUUCUGGCCAAGAUCGUGCAGCGUUGCCGCGGAGUCGACCUUCUAGCCGGAGACCGUGGGCAGCUGUUCCUGCCUCUCUGCAGCCUGCACCAGAUAUGCUACCUAUGUGGCGAGGCACCACCGACUACCUGCGACCUAGUAUUCCUCUCCGAAGCCGACACGACUUGUGAAGGCGACACAGGCUGCCAGCGCGCCGCGCGUUCCGCCCUCAUGGCGCUCCGUGAACUGCACGACAGCCUGGCAGACGAGCUCGACGGCGAAUGCGAGGCCAGCCCCUGUCUCCCGGCCACUCUCAAACUCAACAUCGGAUGGCAACGCGCCUUACAGCGACGUCCACACUUCACGACAACAUCAUUAAUAGGUACAACGCGUGUGAACAAACAUAUAAAAACAAAAAAGUUUAAUAAAACGGAGGAAAAUACCUGUGAGAAAGAAAUAACGUUAAGUGAUAAAGUAACAAAAGAGAUGAAUGAAAUACGUGACACUGAUUUAAAUGAUAAGGGAUUUGACAAUCCGGCGGCGACCGAAGAUGACGGAUCGAAUUUGAGGCCAGAUUUGGUCAUCAGUGUACAGCCAAGACAAAACGAGUCCCGCGCCGAGCUCCCGGUGUCCACGUUAGAUUGGCGCUCCGCCCCUCGAGGCCAGUUCAUCCCAGUCCAUGGACUAGAUUUUCUCAUCGGUGUGUCCACGCUACAGAUCCAACAGACGGUGGAGCUGGAUGAUUUAAUUUCAAGAGUAGACUCCGAAAACCGCUACAUAGUCCGAGUACCGAACGGCGAAUCGCUAUACCUGGCCAGCGAGGUGUCGAGCCAGACGCAACGAUGUCUGUGCGGGUCUGGCCGUGCCUUCGUGAUGCAUCUCCAUGACAACACGAGGCAGGAGGCGAUGCAAAUGCAGAGGCGGCUAGCUGCAGCCUCCUGCUGCUUCCCUUGCAGAUUACAGUUUGCCCCUCGUAUCUGUCUCCAGGAAAUGAAAGUGAUAACUCCCCCCGGAGACUACAUUGGUCGCGUACAGCAGCAGUGCACGUGGGUGGUACCGUUCUACCUGGUGAGAGACGCCAACGACCAGGUCAUAUUCGCUGUUGAGGGACCGGCGGUCAUGAGGCGGAGCGCGCUCAUGCUUUCAGAGUUCAAGAUAAUGACAGGCGAUGCGCUCCGAGAGGUUGGAAAGAUCGCUCACGGCUGGGACCGCGAGUUAGUCAGCUUCACGACCACCCUCUCUAUGCCGCACAACGCGGUCCAGCCGCGGCAUAAGGCACUGCUGCUGGCGGCUUCGUUCCUGCUGGAAUACACAUAUUUUGAAAGAGCAAAAUCGAGUUGUCUUCGGUGUAAUUGUUUGUAACAGAUUUUUUAAGGACAUAAUUAUUAUAUUGUAAAA